UGUGGCCGGCGGGCGGGCGGGGGCCGGUGGCGGGGCCGGUACCGGGGCCGGGCCGGGCCGGGACCGAUCGCGGCGCGAUGCAGAAAUACGAGAAGCUGGAGAAGAUCGGCGAAGGCACCUACGGGACCGUGUUCAAGGCCAAGAACCGGGAGACGCACGAGAUCGUGGCGCUGAAGCGGGUGCGGCUGGACGACGAUGAUGAGGGGGUGCCCAGCUCGGCGCUGCGGGAGAUCUGCCUGCUCAAGGAGCUCAAGCACAAGAACAUUGUCAGGCUCCACGACGUUCUGCAUAGCGACAAGAAGCUGACCCUGGUCUUUGAGUUUUGCGACCAGGACCUGAAGAAAUACUUUGACAGCUGUAACGGGGAUCUGGACCCCGAGAUCGUCAAGUCCUUCAUGUACCAGCUGCUGAAGGGGCUCGCCUUCUGCCACAGCCGCAACGUGCUGCACCGCGACCUGAAACCGCAGAACCUGCUCAUCAACCGGAACGGGGAGCUCAAGCUGGCGGAUUUUGGGCUGGCUCGGGCCUUCGGCAUCCCUGUGCGCUGCUACUCGGCCGAGGUGGUCACUCUGUGGUACCGGCCCCCGGACGUUCUCUUCGGCGCCAAGCUCUACUCCACCUCCAUCGACAUGUGGUCAGCUGGGUGCAUCUUUGCGGAGCUGGCCAACGCCGGGCGGCCCCUCUUCCCGGGCAACGACGUGGACGACCAGCUGAAGAGGAUCUUCAGGCUGCUGGGGACCCCCACGGAGGAGCAGUGGCCGGCCAUGGCCAAGCUGCCGGACUACAAGCCCUACCCCAUGUACCCAGCUACCACCUCCCUGGUCAACGUGGUGCCCAAGCUGAACGCCACUGGCCGGGACCUGCUGCAGAACCUGCUCAAGUGCAAUCCGGUGCAGCGCAUCUCGGCGGAGGAGGCCCUGCAGCACCCCUACUUCACCGACUUCUGCCCCCCCUAGGGCCCCCCGAGGCCCCGGACCCCCUGAGGGGGUGCCAGCCCGUGCCAGCCCCCUGACUGCAGCCCCCCCAGUAUUUAUUAGGUUCUGCCCCAGCUGCAGGGGGCUGGCACCACCCCCAGGCCCCCCAUCCGGGGGGGAUGAGAGGGC